AUGGAGCGUUAUGGAUACCAGUGGAGUGUUGUCGAUAGCUAUUGGCUGCUAUGGAUACCAGUGGAGUGUCAUAGAAAGCUAUGGAGUGUUAUGGUUACCAGUGGAGCGUUAUCGAUAGCUAUGGAGUGCUAUGGAUACCAGUGGAGUGUUAUAGAUAGCUAUGGAGUGUUAUGGAUACCA